AUGUGCACAGGGAAGUGUUCGAGGUGCAUUGGCAUCAUCCUGUUCCCACUGGCUCUAUGUGCUAUAGUCUCCAACAUCCUCCUCUACUUCCCCAACGGGCAAGUCCUGCAGCUCAGCGAGAUAACCGAUCUGGUCUGGUUCUUCCAUGGCAUUCUGGGAGCUGGGAUACUGGCUAUUCUGCCGGCAUUCAUGAUGCUGGGGGCAGGUGGAGCAGGAUGUUGCGCUAACAGAUGUGGGAUGCUGCUGUCAGUGUUUCUGUCUCUGCUGGGACUUGCAGGAGGAGUGUACUGUGCAGUCUUCUCCUCAAUGGGUCUGAUUGGGGGCCCUCUGUGUGACACGGGUGAUGGAGAAUACAUCUACCCUUUCAGGAACAACACUCUGGAAUACAAUUAUUUGUUCAACCAGACAACAUGGAGCAUUUGCAAAGAACCUGAAAACAUCAUCCUUUGGAAUAUUGUCCUUUUCUCUAUUCUCUUGGCCAUUGGUGCAAUUGAGGCUGUUCUUUGUUUCAUUCAAGUCGCCAAUGGACUUAUUGGCUUCAUAUGUGGCACAUGUAUGAGGAAAAAGGUUGGUAUGCAGUAA